AUGUCGGACGACAGAAGGAGAUCAGUAAGCCUUGAUGCCCCUGAGCGCCGCGGCAUUCAGGACCCUGGCGCACAUGAAUUGACCUCCGACUCAGACGAUCAUUUCUCCGACGCUCAAUCAGCUCGUGCAGAAACCCCUGCCGCGCCAGCUUCUCCCCUCCCCAAGUUGAGAGUGGAAAAGGUAGACGACGAGCCAUCGUACGGCGAGGUACCAGGCACCGAGGCUUACGAGAAACGGACUGGUGAUGCCACUCCUGACGAGAUCGCCAUCAUCCCGGAUUCUAACACGGAUGCGGAACCAACGUCCCCAGCCGAGCCACACACGCCAGGCGGGCAACCUAUUCCCAAGACUGUCGUCGACGAGACGGUCGAUGCACCUGGUUCCAAGACGCAUCAUUUUAAUCAAGACGUCCACAAAGCGGAUGCUGCUCCGGAUUAUGUGAGAAAACCAGACGGUACCGGCGAGGCUAACCCUGUGCCCGCCUCGUUAGAAACCACUGGACAAGCACCUGAUGCUGCGCCUCUCUCUCCUUCUCUCAAAUCACCGACAAAACACCGGAGGAAAUCGUCGGCUGCAAGGUCAACCGAUGGUGCAUUAAGUCAGGGGAGCAAUGAGGUCGACGACGGGGAGGAUGAUUUCGGUGGCGACGACUUUGACGAAUUCGAAGAAGGUGAUGAGGAUGCCGACUUUGACGAUUUUGACGAUGGAUUUCAAGAGGCCGAGGCGGAGACGCCAGCACCUACCCAGGUGGCUGCUCCGCCUUCCGUUUCUACACCCUCAUUUCCUAUAUUAGACCUGGAUGGUCUCGACUCCGAAGACAUAUUAGCCGCUACAGAGCCUUACCUGGACGCACUGUUUCCACCUGAUCUUGCGGAUUUACCAAUACUACCCUCACCUCCCAUGGAGAACCCUAUUUUCUUUAACCCGCGAAGCGCAUCUCUAUGGUCACAGCUCGCAGCGCCGCCACCUCUUCAACCGCCGGACUGGAUUCGGUCACGCAUACGCAGACUGUUCCUAGUAUCUCUAGGCGUGCCUGUGGACCUCGACGAGAUACUGCCAGCAUCCAAACAGAAGAAACUGGUGCUACCUUCUUUACAUCGCGUCACAUCAAAUGGAUCAUUACGGGCAUCAAGCGAGUCUCGUUCCGUGUCGCGGUUACGCAAAGAGGGCACCAAUGAUUCUACCGCUUCAUUAGACUCACAAGGCAAGGAAAAACCACGCUCCCCCUCGAAGCGACGGAAGGGACCUGCACCCGAACCCGCUCUUGACCUCGUAGCAGCCAAGCAGUUUUGCACUACCACGGACGAGGCUCUGGGUGGUAUGACGGACGAGGAACUACGAACCCAUGUCAAUAAGCUAGAGGAGAUGGAGAACCUAGCUAAGGACGUCCUCGAGUACUGGAAGAAGAAGACAGACGAGAAGAUCGGGGACAGAGAAGCAUUUGAGGGUGUAAUAGAGAACUUGGUCAAGCAUGCUCGCAAGACAAGAAAAUAG